AUGAUAAGCAGAGCUUCUAUGAACAAAAGCAAUCAGUUCCCCAAACAGGUUGAAGAUAAAAACCUGCCUGUUAAAUUGUAUAUAGUCGUUAUGUGUUGAUAUAUUAAUUAACACGGAAACAAUUUCACAAAUGAAAUCAAUCGAUCUAUAUUACUGAUUUCACAGCACCAAGUGAUGCAACACAUUUUCGAAAAAUAAAAAAUAAAAUUUAAAGCCUUAGAAAAAUCCAUCAUGACAAACGAUAAAAGGAAGUUGGAUGUCUUCGAAAAUUUAAUCAAUUCUCUAGGGGACUUUGGUCCAUACCAACAAUGGCAAUAUGCCCUCUGUGUGAUAUCAGUUAUAGUUUCUGGCAUGCAAAUGUAUUCCCUACUGACCGUAGCUGCUAUACCAGAACACAGAUGUGAAAUUCCACACAUAGAUGUCAACAAGACCAUGACAGAGUUAAACUUCACCACCUUAACCAGAUACAUACCACUCAAGACAGAAACCCAGAUUGAUUCAUGUCAUAUCUAUGACACCAUAACCAACGAAUCUGUAAAAUGCAACUCUUGGGUGUACAACACCACUUACCAUCCUUCUUCAAGAGCCAUAGAAUGGAACUUCGUCUGUGACAGGAGAUGGAUGGGUGCAGUUUCCCAAACGACAUUCAUGUUAGGAAUAUUCUUGGGAAAUAUUUUGCUAGGAAACCUGGCAGAUAGGAUUGGCAGAAAACCUGUAUUUUGUUGUACAGCACUUAUGACUCUUCUCUUUGGAGUGGGUGUAGCUUUCACGACGGAUUUCUAUAUGUUUUUAGCCAUGAAAUUCGUUUUAGGUAUGGCUGCCUGUGCUGGAAGCACCCUAGCAGGUUUCGUGAUGACCAUGGAACUGGUAGGUCCAAGUAGAAGAUCUGUUGUUGGAAUAGGAUUUCAAGUAUUCUUCGCCAUCGGUAUAGUGCUGGUAGCCUUUUGGGGUUAUCUUAUCAAAGACAGACAACAACUCCAAAUAAUAUAUGGCCUGCACUCACUUCCUUUAGUUUUUCAUUGGUGGCUUUUGGACGAAUCACCAAGAUGGCUCUGGGCUAAAGGAAGAUACCGAGAAAGUCUAGAAAUAAUUCAAAAGGCGUUACGUUUUAAUGGCAGCAAGAUGAUCUUGGAUAUGGAAAAGCUUAUUCCUAAGGAGUCGGCAUUAGACCCAAACAAAUCACAAAAUGAUACUGGUUUAUUGGAGUCGUUCAAAAGGCCAAAUUUGAGAACGAGAAUCCUAAAUGUUGGAUUUAUGUGGUUCGGAAAUUCUUUGGUAUAUUACGGGUUAUCCCUCAGCACAAAAAGUAUGAAGGGAAAUCCAUUUCUUGUUAUAUUCAUCAUGGGUAUCAUAGAACUUCCUGCCGAUCUUUUAGUUGUGAUCUUUCUCGAUAGAAUGGGAAGGAGAUUCAUAACUUCCUUCAACAUGAUAAUAAGUGGAUUAUGCUGUGUUCUAGCAGUUGCUUUUACAAUUGGCAGUUUGACUUCCAAUAUCUUAGUAUAUUUAGGAAAAUUCACAAUUGCUGCUUCUUUCUCUGCGAUAUACAUCUACUCAGCUGAACUCUUUCCAACGAUGAUCAGAAAUUCCGCGAUGGGAUUCGCAAGUAUGUGUGCAAGAAUUUCAGGAUCUCUUACACCCUUUAUAACACUCCUAGAUUCUUUCGAUCCCAAAAUUCCUUGCAUUAUUUUUGGUGUUAUCACAAUCUUUUCUGGUUUUCUUGUUGUUUUUUUACCAGAGACGGUUGGUACAGAUAUGCCUACUACGAUUGAAGAUGGAGAGAAAUUUGGAAUUGGAGAUACUUGCUUCAGUAACUUUUUCGCAAGAAAACAGAUGAAGAGUUACAAGGUGAAUGAUGAAAUUUCUAUGAUGGAAGAACAACUUGAAACUCUCAAUGUUAAAGAAAAAAUAUAAAAUUGAUCAACCAUGUAAAUUACAGUUUAUUUUCCAUUUUUCGCAACCUUCAUUUUGAAGGGAGCGAAGCCAAAUAACAAUAUCCCAGCUAUUAGUCAAACUUCAGAUUAUUUGCAUAAAAUUUUGAUAAACUCUAGAAAAUAAAUAGUAAUUACCACUAUUUAUUUCUUACU